AAAUACUUAACAAUAGCAAUUCUUUUAUCAAUUCACCGUUAUCAGUGAAAACCCUCUGUGAAUUUCUUUAUCACGUCUGUUGCAAAUUGUUGCCACGUUAAAUAUGGAAAAGGGCCUCGUCAUAGUCCUAUUUAGUACUAUCGCUGCGGGCUGUCGGAAUGGUUGGACAGUGAACAAGAAUUCAUGUUACCAUGUCAGCCGUGAUGUGGCGUCCUGGGUAGAGGCCACGAGAAUGUGUGAGUUACAUGGAGGCUAUCUAGUGCGUGUCGAAUCUGCUGAAGAACAAGCCUUUGUACAAAACUUGAUUCAAGGACUCCAUGCACGACAGUACUGGUUAGGAGGCUCAGAUUGGACAACAGAAGGCGCAUGGGUAUGGGAACCAUAUGGCCAGUCCAUAAACUACACCAAUUGGUUACACGGACAACCGGAUAACAGUCACAAUGCCGAACAUUGUCUCAUGGUGGACCGGCAUUUCCAUUUUAAAUGGUUGGACUCUGACUGCCAUACAGCUCUUCACUAUAUAUGUGAAGACCCCGAGGUUGUGAGACCUACAUCCGAUGAAGUUAUAGGAUGAGAAUAGCUGUAUCAGGGAUUUUGUUAAUAAAAGUUAUCGGCGCUUCCAAUUAA